AUGCCUGGAGUUUUUCAAUCAAUAAAUGCUUUCACAAUAGCUGAAGAUGGCCGAACUGCUUAUUUUCACGAUCCUCAGCCUGAUGUGGUCUAUUCAGUCGAUUUGAGAAAUGGAAUCAAGAAAGCACUGAAAUGGGAAGAUCACGAUUUCAAGCACCGUCGCUGGUUAUGCUACACUCUAUUCAACUUUAAAUACUCAAAUGAAGUCUAUUUGUCGAUGUUGUUCUACAAUAAGCAUAAAAAGGUUUUUUGCUUGAUUCAUUUUCUGAUCGCUGGGGAGUUGUUGAUCAAAAGGCAGACAUCGAUGUUGAAUACUUCAGCGAUUACACAUGAUCGAUUGGCAUAUUCAGUGCAGAAAUGCUCGAAUGAAAUCCAGAUGAUCUUUUAUGAACGAUUCUCCCGAGCUCACUCAAUAGAUGGAGAUGAAAACCAAAAUCCGUUACACUUUGUCUGUUGCAUUCUCGACACGACAACAAUGAGAGUCACCACGAAACAGGGAAUGCUCCCAAUGGGACAAUGGGAAUUGCCAUUCAUCACGAAUCGAAAGCUUCAUGUUCUCUGCACCACUAGAAGCCCGAACAUUUUGGCUUCUAGGAGUUUGGAAUCAACAGAAACACUCUGGGAUGCACGGGCUAUCAAUCCAUCAUUGAAUGAUCUCACUCCGGCCAAGAAAGCUCAAUGGUGCAACGCCUGGACAACGGAAGCCGGGUAUUUUGCGCUAUUGGAAAAGAUUGUGAGCCAAGAAGAGCCGGAAGUGCAAACGAUACGUCGGGUUUUCCUCUGGCAUUUAGAUCCGAGUACAGCUAGUUGGACAAAACUUCCUUGUCAACAGGAUCUCCCGGAUUGCGCAUCGAAUAUUUCUUUUCGAAUCGGUUUAGAUGGGAUGGGAUACGUGCAUUGUGAUCUUCAACCAAGAGAGGCUUGCAUACUGAAAGUGAAGCUCGAUCAAGCGUUGACAAACGCGAAUCGAGUGGCGGCCGAGGCGGCGGCGGAAGAUUGGCUACCUUUAGAAUCGCAUAGCACCGAAAAUGGACAAAACUCUUCAAAUUUCAGAGAACCUUUAUCUGAUCUGAUUUGCCCGAUUUGUUUGGAUACAUACGAUGACGCUCGGACACUCUCUUGUGGCCAUUCCUUGUGUUGGGCUUGCGUGGAACAGAUGCGACUUGUUGCGAAAAGCGAGACAGUUGCGUGUCCGGCUUGUCGAAAGCUCACAAAGAUCCCAGCUGGUGGAUUGCCAGUGAAUUAUGGGUUAAAAGAUGCAAUUCUAACCCUCAGCCGUCUUGUCGAGGUCCGGAAUCGAGGAAUUCGUUGCGGAGAGUGUCGGGAGAAAUGUGAAGAGACGAAAAUGUGGACGUGUUUGACGUGUUUGAGACACGGGAGUACGAAACUCAACCGUGAAUCGAUGGUUUAUGUCGGAAAUUUGAAUGCUUCAAGUUUUGAAGAAGAUCCAAAUGACAGCAAUGCAGAAAGUCUACAAAAAGAGAUGAGCCAACAAGAGCGCUUUGGGCGUUUCUCGUUUUGCGCAUCUUGUCUACUUUAUUAUCAUAAAGGGCACGACUACGAAGAAGUGCUCAAAUUACGAGAACGAUCAAAAUUGGUGGAUGAGAUGAAAGGAAAAUGGUUGGAAAAGGCGAAUUCGAGCAUUCAAACGAUCAAAGAGACGACAACCACAAUUACAAAUGGACUGUUUGAUGAGGUUCUUCUCGAGAAUGUUCGCAUUAAAUUCGAUGAAAUUUGCGAUGUUGCUAAAUGUUCGAAUGAGGAAAUUGAGGGAAGAGGAGGAGCAGUGAUCGAGAAAUUACAAAGAAUACAGAAAGAGUUUCAUCAAGGAUUUCAAAGGCAUUUCGAGGAAUUUCUCGAACGAUGCUCUACAGCGAUCUCUUCAAAUCCACCAUCGUUUCAUGGAUCUCCGCAGAAUUUGUCUCCAUUAGAGCCACCGAGGGGAUUUUCAUCGCGAAGAAGCUCAACGGAUCGAAAUUUCACUCCACAAUCUUCGUCACCGACUCCAAGAUAUGAAAAAGAAACCGAGGUGUCAAUCCCUUCCCUUGCCCCAUCUCUGCCCACUCCAACAUCUCUCGGUUCUCACAGUUCUCCUCUUCCACCACCACUUCCCUCAACUCUUCCACCAUUGGAAAAAUUGAAGCUAGAAAGUGAACCGAUCAUUCGAAGACCCACUGUUUUGUCAUCACUGCGGGAUCGUCCCACUUCCCUUCAAUCAUCUCCCCUUUCCUCUCCACUCCAACCGAGAACUGUUGUCAUUGUACAGAGGCCAUCUCUCACUCAAGCUCUUCAAGCAUCUCCCAACAAUUCUCCCCGAAAAACCACAGCUGUCACUUCUGAGAUC